AUGUCAAUUUCGACGAUAAGAAGGCAAGUAAAAAAUGUCGCUUACAAUUUUUCCGAUGCGCAGGUUAAAGUUCGAGAAGCAACAAGCAAUGAUCCGUGGGGUCCGUCAACUGCACUUAUGUCACAAAUUGCGGAUUUAACUCAUAAUCCAUCGUCGUUUGCGGAAAUAAUGUCAAUGUUAUGGAAAAGAUUAAAUGAUCAUGGUAAAAACUGGCGACAUGUUUACAAAAGUCUCGUUCUUCUCGAUUAUUUAAUAAAGUGUGGAAGUGAAAAAGUAGCUCAGCAAUGUCGAGAAAAUAUAUAUUCGAUUGAAACGCUAAAGGAUUUCCAACAUGUUGAGGAUAAUAGAGAUCAGGGGAUGAAUGUGCGAGAAAAGGCGAAGCAGAUGGUUGCUUUAUUAUUUGAUGAAGAGCGCUUAAAAAAUGAAAGAACUAAAUUUAUGAUAACGAGGCGAAAGUUUAUGAGUGGCUCUGCCAUAUCAUCAGAUGGAACUGUUAGACAUGUGCGAAGAUCGGAUACUGGACCAGUUUUUGAAUCAGAAUUGGAAGAUGCGAGACCUGGAAGUGCUGGUGAAGAAGAAAUGCAACUACAGAUUGCUCUUGCUAUGUCAAAGGAAGAAAGUGAAAAAGAAGAAGAGCUCAGGAAGCAGGAUGAUAUUGGUUUACAAAUGGCAAUUAAUGAAAGCCGUCGCGAACUUGAACGUAUAAGCGCAUUAGCAAAUGCUAAACCUCAAAUGGUUUCUGGUUCAACUCUUUCGCAAAGUGCGAUUGAUGAUCUUCUCUCAUUGGGUGUUGGUGAACCUGUUGGUUCCGAGUCAAGUGUGUGGGGAACAACAACUGUCGAUCCAUGGGCUCCAUCACGUGCGACAGCUAAUAAUUCAGUAUAUCCAACAUUACCACUGGCUGAAAACAAAAAUGAUCCAUGGUCUCUAUCAUUAUCGCCACCGGUGAGCAGUAGCAGUGGUGCAUUUACUGAUCCAUGGUCUCCAGCGACAUCUCUUGAUCCGGCUUCAACAAAUCUCAUCUCGGAGGAUGAAAAGGCAAAGAAAAGAAGUAAUGCAAAGACUCCUGAAAGUUUUCUAGGUGAAAAUUCGGCUUUAGUGAAUUUGGAUAAUUUGUUGGGAGCUACGAAUGUAACAUCUAAACCAGCGAGUAAUCCAUUUCUUUCUGGUACUGGCACGGGAAUGGCAAAUCCGUUUGUGGCUCAGCAGCGGCCUUCUCCAACACUUAAUCAAAUGCUAAAUCAAAAUCGUAGUAUGAGCAAUGACGGCGCAAAUAGGCCAACGACAUCUCAUCAGCCAACGAAUCCUUUUCUACUGUGA